GUGCAGUUGAUGUCUUUUGUCCAUGGCGUCCGGCAGCGAUGCCAGCGACACGGAGGCAUUUUUGCCUGCCAGGCCGCCAAGAUUAGCUCCUACAAGCUACUGCCGCACUGUGCUCGCUCUUUCUCUCGCGCUGCUUACGCUGCUUUCUGUGGUCGGGCGGUAUGCAGUUCCAUCCAAAGUGGUGGCCACUGGGAGCAGCAACUCUUUGUCGCAAAAAUUUAAGCUGUUGGAUGCGUGGAGAUUGAUCUCUGGGGCCCAAAGCGACCCCUUCAACUUCCGAUGUCCAAUGACCGUUUUUCAGCGGAUGGCAGCUGCAGCUUUGGUUGGUCAAAAAGCUGAAGGUGACUGCUGCAGAAGCUACGAUGCUGUGCCAAUGCUUUGGCCAUAUCAAUUUCCGGAAUGUGGCAGACAUUGGUGCCCUUCGUGCUGGCGCAGCAGUGAGAACAUGUCCUCACCUUCUGGAGGCUUCGCAGCAUUAGGCUACGCCGCCUCACUGGCGGUCAGCAGCCCCAAGGCGUUGCAGCCGAAGGGGACUGAGCGGCGAUUGGACAUCACCAGGCAUGCUGGGAUCAACUCCAAAAAGAUGUUGGGCCGAGCCAAGCAUGGCUUCCGUGAACGUGUGGUGGAUCUAUGUCCUCGCAUCUCAGAUUGGGAGGAGUACUAUCUCAACGAUGAUGCAGAGAAUGUCCAUGCCCGUGUCUACAAGUCUGCCCAUGCAGAGGUUGCUGUGGUUUCUUUUCGCGGUACUCAGGCUACUUCUGCGCAAAACUGGGAGAUUGACUCAGACAUUGCCAUGCUACCAGUGGAGCUUGGAGCUCCAGGGCCGCACAAAACUGCCUCCUCAGUGGCAAAUGUUCAUGAAGGCUUUUUCCUCGAGCUGCAACGAGUGUUGCCACAUGUACGCAAGUGGGUCGAAGGGUACAUCGAAGGGACUCAGGGCCUCUUUGGCAUUCCAAGCUAUUGGAAGUUGGUAUUUACUGGCCACAGCUUGGGCGCGUCCUUGGCCAUUCUAGCAGCCACUUUGGCAGAGGCAGAGGGUUGGUCCCGUACACCCGAUGCUGUCAUUGCUUUUGGAGCCCCGCGCUUGGCGGACAAAGCACUGAGUGACUGGUGGGAGUCGCGCAAUUUGUGCGGCAAACUCCUGCGGGUGGCAGUGCACAACGAUGUCAUUACAUGGAUGCCUUUUGUUGAGCCUUUGCAACUGAUGGAUAUUGUGACCUACUGUUUUGAGAACGUCAUGAGCUGCAUUGGUCAACUCGCAAAUGGUCCAAAAGAGUUACAUCCAAGUGACAGGUGGGCCCACGUGUGCCCGAAGAGUGAAUUUUUGGUGCCCGGGUCCAUGAAGGGAAUCAAUUCGCAGAUGGAGGAUUUCUCUCUGCUGGGUGGUGUGUUGGCACAUCUGAUCGGAAAUACGCUGUUCGGAUAUGCCUUUGGAGUCGUGAACAGCGACAUCCCACAGAAAGAUGCCUACUGCGGUUUGCGACGAGACCUUUUUCCAGCACCAAACUGCACAUCCACUGAGGAGCUGAACGAUGUGGUUUGCUUUGGCCUGAGCCACGACCCCAAUGGAACCUCUGCCAAAGCGUGCAACAAGAACUGCUGUGAUGAUGAAUACUGCAGCGUUUGGCAGUUCAUGCGGAACGGACAGUGCUGGCGCGGGCGAAGUCAUCAAUGCACAAGUUUCCACCCUUAUGCUGCUGAAGUUGUAGAAGGGAAGAGGGUACACUGAUUGACUGGCGGCAGCUCGAAAAGAA